AUGCAAUAUGUUAAAUACAUGCUUCUGCAGGACGUAAACUCCCAGAAGUCCAAGCGGCAGUGGAGCAGACUGGAGACGCGUGUUUCUCUCUGGAGGAAAUGUCACGAUCAGCUGCAGGCCGACGGCAUCGACCCGGAGCCGGCGUCCCUCUUCUUCCUGUCGCAGACGAAGAAAGAAUCCGGGGGGGCGGAGCUUCUGGAGGUGCAGGAGUGCUGCCUGCUGCUCCUCCUCUCCUCCCAUUGGCUGUCCAGACUCGUCCCGGCUCCAAGGGGCCGCCUGGAGAGCCUGGAGAAGCAGCUGUGGGCGGAGAGGGUGAGGGGGCGGGUCUUAGCCGGCGCCACGGAGAAACAGCGUGUCUUCAACCUGUCAAUCACCCAGGAGACGACCUCAUCAUACGAGCUUAUGGUGAAGGAGUUCUGCUUCUCCAACAUCCCAUGCAUGAAGGAGGAGGAGGGCCUCAUGGCGGAGGAGGGCCUCAAGGCGGAGGAGGGCCUCAGAGCGGAGGAGGGUCUCAGCACGGAGGCGAGUCUCAGCAAGGUGGAGGGCCUCAGUGUGAAGGAGGGCCUCAGCAAGGAGGAGGGCCUCAGCAUGAAGGAGGGCCUCAGGGCGGAGGAGGGUCUGAGCAUGAAGGAGGGCCUCAGCAAGGAGGAGGGCCUCAGCGUGAAGGAGGGCCUCAGCGUGAAGGAGGGCCUCAGCAUGAAGGAGGGCCUCAGCGCGGAGGAGGGUCUGAGCAUGGAGGAGGGCCUCAGUGUGGAGGAGGGUCUAAGCAAGGUGGAGGGCGUCAGUGCGGAGGAGAGUCUGAGCACGGAGGAGCUGCGUGAGGAGGACGCGCUGAGUCCAGAGGAGAGGUGCAUCCUGGGAACGCUGGUGGAUCAGCUGUUGGAUGAAGGCAGCAUCCAUGAGGCCAGCAGGGUGUGCAGGUACUUCUCUCUGCAGCACGGAGACAUGAAGCUGGUGCUGCGCUGCAGGGGGAUCGCCUCUGGAGACCUGAGGCCACAAACAGAGGAGGAAGAGGAGGAGGAGGAAGAUCUGCAGAAGAAGAUCACCAGCUUGCCCUCGUUCAGCAGCCUCUCGUCCUUCGUGGUUCUCCCCCUCCCUGAAGACCAGGUGGCCGUGCAGCUGCAGAAACUGGUGGAUCAGUGCCGGCACGGAAACAACUUCUGCAGACAAGUCCUCAGCCUCUACCAGCUCUCCAAGGAGCUGCAGCUGUCCUUCAGGCAGAUCCACAGCCAGGACCCGGGCUCGGUUCUGCAGAAUCUGCUGCAGUCGGAGCAGCCGGAGCGUUUCAGGAAGGCCCGAGCGUUCAUUAAGGCUCAGAGCCUAUCAGCAGAGAGCGUGUCGGGGCUGCUGGCCUCCAGCCUGAUGAGGGCGCUGCUGGACUCCAGCACCGAGCUGCAGCCCGAGUGUCAGGUGUUCAGGCCGGCAGAGGGGCGGGACUCCCUGCUGUCACUCAUCAAACUCUGUGACGAUCCAAACCUGGUGGGAGAGAAACUGCUACAGAACCUGAGCUGUGUUCCUCUGAGAGAGCUGAGCUGCAUCGUGGAGCUUCUGAUCGUGGCUCACGACUGCUUCAGCCUCACCUGCAACAUGGAGGGAAUCGUCUGA